AUGGGCGCCGAGAUUGCCCCAGAAGUGCAGCGACAACAUGUGACAGAACGCUAUGGUCCCAAGCUUGUAGAGAAGACAGAAAAAGCGCAUGAGAGAGCCCUCGCAUUCAGACCGAGCGACCAUCAGGACAAGGCGGAGGAAGGCAGCCCGCCCGGAGGCUUCGAUGAUACCCCCUUCCCGCAUGCGCCGGCCGGCUAUACGUUGAAAUUCACAUUUCAUAGAGCGAGUAACCUACCCGCUGCCGACUUUGGCACCUUAUCGUCCGAUCCCUUUGUGCGCGCUGAGCUAAAGACCGCUUUGCCGAAAAGACACAAGCAAGAUCCUAAUGCUGUCUUUCGGACGCCUACAAUAAGGAGGGAUGUGAACCCCGUGUGGAAUGCAGAAUGGGUUGUUGCCAAUGUCCCCGCAUCCGGGUUUCACCUAAAGUGCCGUGUCUACGAUGAGGAUCCGGCAGACCAUGAUGACCGGUUGGGGAACGCGCACAUGCUCGUGGAUCGCAUAACAGAGGACUGGGACGGGAUCAAGGAGCGCGCCUAUCGUUUGAAGAAACGUGCUGGUAGCAAACGAGCGUAUACGGUGAGGAUGGUUGUAGCGGCUUGCUCAACAUCUCGAGAUUUAGACGCAGAGCUUGUCGUCAGUGUUGAAUGUCUCGGACGGACAGAAUCUAACAAUGGCGCUCAUAUAUAUACAGUUGGGCCGGUUUACUGGUUCAAACAUUUCUCUCCUUUGAUUGGCAGACUCUUGAAAACUUCUGGUGCAGCGGAGAACGAAAACGCACUGGGCAAGACUACUCCAUACAACUUCCAAGCAAUUGAAAUUCAGCUCAAGGGCCCCGUGCCCGACGACUUAUAUCAUCGAUAUGUCGAGUUCAAGCCAUUUGUAGCUGGAAUAUUCACUUCUCACAGUCUACGAGGACGUAUUUUGAAUCGUGCCCUGCAUCAUCAACACUCUCGGAUCUACAACUUCGACCGCAGCACAAUGAAUGGAAUGUUCCAUGAGCCGUGUACAGAGUUGACUGAGCUUUUCCUGGACUUUGUUGACCACGGUCGUGGUGGCCGAAUUUUUACCUAUGUACUCACACUAGACGGCCAGCUUCGGUUUACAGAAACGGGCAAGGAAUUUGGCAUUGACAUGCUAAGCAAACACACCAUGCACAGUGAUGUCUCUAUCUAUAUUGCUUUUUCCGGUGAAUUCUUCGUGCGACCCAAGAAAAAGCACCAUCAACAGCGAGAAUCUAUAACUGCCAUAAGUAACAGUCGCCCGAGAAGUAGUACACGCAGCAUGGAGCCAGGCGCAUAUGACGCCGACGAGACAUGUAAAGACGAGGACUGUUCGGCUUACGAAUUGAUAAUCGACAAUGAUAGUGGUACAUACCGGCCGAAGGCUGAGAAACUCCCGCUCCUGCGCGAGUACUUGUCCAAGAACUUCCCUGGUCUUCACAUUACGACGCUUGACUGUCAAAAGGACGAGGAACGGUUGAGUCGACUCAAGGAACAACGAAGAACUGAAAGACAACGCGCUCGAGGCAACAUCGUUUAUACACAGCAAGUGAACGACUCAUCGUCGUCACUUUCCAGUUCCGAUGAAGAGGAUUUGCUUGAGCGGACGGGGCAGUCUCACGAGUCGUCUGAUAAACUGUUGCAUUUGCAUAAUUUCAAGGAUGUGAGAGGGAAAUUCCGGGAUUGGAUCGAAGCAGCGGAUGGGACUGGUGAUGGGCAUAGUAAGGCGCCAUCGACUGAUAAGCCGUCUCAUAUGAAUGGAGAGACUCCGAACGAUACCUCGGCCUCGGCUACAGCCAUUGAGGCAGCAUGA